UUUAUGACGAUGUCUCAAAUCUGUAUAGAAAUUGGGCUCUUCUUUUACUCAAUUUUUGCAGGGCGUUUUAAGGGUGGUUAACCACAUUCCUUCAGGGGUAAGCCCUAUAUGAGGAAGCUGAAUUUAUCUCAUGCAUACUUGGUCACAGUCCUUGUGUACAGGUUUGGUGGUUGCAAAUGUGAUCUUCUACCAACCAGUCUCGCACUUGGCUCGGCCACGUAUUACCUUUUUUAUCCCUCUUCUCCCACUCGUAGCCUGUCUAUUUCUUAGAGGCCAAGCUGAAGGCAUUGCCUCAGCAUCACCAGCGGUGCAGUCCACUCUGGGUACUGCAGGAGCGUCUUGUUUCAAAUCCACAAGAUCGUUCUUAACGGAGCGUUGGAAGAGCAAAUGAAAGUUUAUUUAGCGUUCCUAUCCCUUUCAUGGCAUUGCUGUGGAAAGUUAGGCUCGGGAGAUAAGCUUUUCGAGGAAUGAAGGCAUCAGCUUCUGAAGUUCGUCUUCUGGCCAUUUCU